AUGCCAACACAAGCACAGCGCCCUCUGCUACUCCCCUUCUUCCUAACAACCUUCCUUGUCUACUCUCAACCAAUCUCAACCGUCGCUUCACCGGAGCCCGCCUUUUCUCCAUCCAACGGCUCAGAUUACAUCCGCUCAAGCUGCGGCGCAACAUUGUAUCCUGAAAUCUGCUACACUUCCCUCUCUCGCUACGCCAGCGCCGUACAAAAAAAGCCCGGUCGCCUAGCCCGCGUGGCCAUCGGCGUCAGCCUCUCCAGAGCACGCCGCAUGGCAGAAUACGUCUCCAACCUAUCCCGCCAAUCCGACUUCGGAGCCGACCACCGGGCAGCCGCCGCCCUUCACGACUGCUUCUCCAACUUGGGAGACGCCGUUGAUGAGAUACACGGGUCGUUGAAGCAGAUGAGGCAAAUUGGAGCCGCAGGAUCGUCGGCAGAGUCGUUUCUGUUUCAGAUGAGUAACGUGCAGACAUGGAUGAGUGCGGCUUUGACAGACGAGGAGACGUGUACGGACGGAUUUGAGGAUGUAGGAGAUGGGGCCGUGAAAACAGAGGUGUGUAACCGUGCGGCGGAUGUCAAGAAGUUUACUAGUAAUGCUCUUGCUCUGGUUAACAGUUAUGCUGCUACAGGAACGCCUUGA